GGGUUGUCCUACAUACUUUAAUUAAUAUGAUUUAAACAAUGUAUAAUACUGUAUCUUUUGAUGAUGGGUGGAAUGGGCUUUAUGACGAAUAUAUAUCUAGGAUCGCUGCAUUUGUGGAUUCUAUGGACGUAAAGGCACGAAUAGCGCCUAUAUUCACGCCUGAAGAGUUUUUAGCUGGUUACUCCACUGUCUAUUCUAUGUGCACAUCAGAUAAUGGAAAUUAUGAGAAGUACCUAUAUUCAAUUCUAUCUGAUCUUUUUCGUCAGUAUGUUGAACGACAGGUAUCAAAUUUGAGAGAAGACCUAUUGUCUAUAUCUAGCAAUCUAGUCCAAACAUGGAUACGUUACAAGGCUUAUGUAUCUGCCAUAUGCAAGCUGUUUUCAUACUUAGAUCGAUUCUACGUCCUCCAUGCGUCGAAGCCGUGCAUCAGUGAUAUGGCGUAUGAGAUAUUCCGGGAAAAGCUAUUUGUCGAGUAUCGCUCUGAACUAUUCGAACGUUUUUUACGUAUGUUGGAUGAUAAACGCGCUGAAUCUGAUGUUGACGAAUUUGAGUUAGAUGGACUAUCCCAGCUGUUUAAUUUAUUCGACGACGUUGAAUAUCGGGACAAUCCAACAGAUUUGGAAAGCGAAAUAAUACUUCGCGCUAACACAUAUUAUAGCAGCAUGGCUUCUAUAUGGAUCAAUGAUUGCAAUUUAACUGACUAUGUUAGCAUAGUCGAGCACUGCUUGGAACAAGAGGAGCAUGAUUGUAUUCGUUGGCUUUCAAAGUCAACUGUGGCACCUUUACGUUCAUGUAUAUAUGACUCCCUUGUGAAGAGUCAUCAACAGGAACUGAUAUCUAAGUUGGAUGAGUUCACUUGCGUGCUCCGUGAUGGUACCAGAGAUGAUCUCAAGUUAAUAUAUGAUAUGCUAUACACUUUAGAAGGCUCAUUUUGCAUUAUGGCUGACUCAAUAAGGUCUCAUAUCCAACAAAUGCAAGAAUCACUGGGUACAGUUGAUGACAUUAUGCAAUACUGGCUCAAGUACAAAGAGUUGUGUGACUACUGCUUUUCAAGUAAUAUCGAUCCACGUAGCGGACAGUUGAACACAGAAACUGCAGUUCCAUCUCAGCAAAACGAUGGAACUGAUGCUACAACUGAGAAUACAGCACCGAAAGGAGAUAGCUGUGGUCCAAACUUUGCUAUAUCGAACGCUAUUCGCAUGGCGUUCAAAGGAAUCAUAUGCACCCGCCAAGAUUUUAUCAAAGACUUUGUGAACUAUUGGGACAUGGUAAUUAUUUCGGGUGAAGACAUUCACAAUAGAUUACGUCAUUGCUGUGAAAUAUUGGAUUUAGUAGACAGGCGAAUGCAAUUUUACCAGUGUUACAAGUUCAAGCUUGCACGGAGGUUAUUGUAUGAGCUCAGUUCUUUACAAAAUGAGCAUCAUUCAUUUUCACUAAUUGAAUCUAGGAUCGCAUCUGAUGAUGCGGCUUGCCUCCGCCGCAUGAUAAAGGAGGCUUGUACAAAUCGUGAGAAUCCGGCAUAUCCAAACAUUCAGCUGUAUUCGAAAUGCAGCUGGCCGGCAUUGCGUGAUUAUCCGGAAAGCUUUAACCUGUACAACAUGUUUGAAACUAGUAUCCAAUCAUUUAAACAAUCGCAAAACUCCAGCAUCAAUAUGGACGUCACAGUUAAUCGUAUGCUAAGUCGUGUUAAAUUAGAGUUGGACACUCCUGAGGGUACUAAGACACUAUUAUGUGACCUCGUUCAAGCAUCUGCUUUGUUGAUGUUUAAUAGCAACUCCAUGAGAAUAGAUGCCGUGGCUACCGGUUUGGGAACGUCCAAGGAGUCUACCAGGACAAUACUACAGCCUUUGCUCGAUAAGCAGGUUCUAAGAUUACUUGAGGGAGAUAUGAUCGAGCUUAACACCGACUUUAGCGAUGGCACUGACGUAACUGUUGAAGCGGUACCUACAUAUCAUAUAUCUAAUACGGCGCCCACUAUAGGCUUUGAAAUGGACGCCAAUGCAGCCAUCGAUUCUAACAUCAUGUCGAUUCUAAAGUCAGUGAAGAGUGUGAAGCGUGCUGACUUGUUGCUCCAAUUAUCCCAUCUUUCGGAAAACAUCGUCCUGGAUCGUAUAUACAAUUUAGCCGAGAGGGAGUACUUAUCAGUAUCUGAUGGUAUGGUAACAUAUCUACCAUAGUUGGACCCUGGUUCUUUUUAAUGC